AUGGCGCCAUCUAACGGUGUGCUUUUACAAAUAACCAAAAUCUGUGGAAGGGUUUUCAGUGCAGUAGGCUACGAACCCCAUUUAGUAGACACCAUAGAGAAAGACAUUUUGCAGAGAAACCCUGAUAAGUGGAACAAAGUGGCGGGUUUGCACGAAGCCAAGGCUCUGCUGCAGGAGGCUAUGGUCUUACCUAUCAUCAUGCCGGACUUUUUCAAGGGUAUAAGAAGGCCCUGGAAGGGCGUCCUGAUGGUAGGACCCCCCGGAACCGGAAAGACCCUCCUGGCCAAAGCAGUGGCCACCGAAUGUGGCACCACCUUCUUCAACGUGUCAUCAGCAACGCUCACAUCUAAAUACAGAGGCGACUCGGAAAAACUGGUCCGCCUCCUGUUCGACAUGGCCCGCUGGCAUGCCCCCAGCACGAUUUUUAUCGACGAAAUGGACGCCCUUUGUUCGGCGAGGGGCUCCGAUUCGGAGCACGAGGCCAGCAGGAGGUUCAAGGCGGAAUUGCUUAUACAAAUGGACGGGCUCAAUCAUACAGGACCCGAUGACAAAGUAAUAAUGGUUCUGGCCGCCACAAAUCAUCCCUGGGACAUCGAUGAAGCUUUUCGGAGACGAUUUGAGAAACGAGUAUAUAUAGGGUUGCCCGAUGACGAGAGCCGGUCGGCCCUUUUACACUUAUGCAUGCAGGACAUAACGAUGGACGCAGAUUCGAAUGUUAUCGGUGAUCUUUUGGAAGGAUAUACAGCCGCUGAUAUUGUCAAUGUUUGCAGGGAUGCUUCAAUGAUGUCAAUGCGUAAACGCAUAUCAGGAAGGACUCCAUCAGAAAUCAAAAGGAUGAAACGUGAAGAAUUCGAUCUUCCUGUAACGACAUUGGACUUUCAAGAAGCCCUUACACGUUGCAAAAAAUCAGUGACAGCAAGUGACGUGGAAAAAUAUGAACAGUGGAUUCAACAAUAUGGAUCGUGUUAA